UACUUGGGGUACCCGGGUAUCAGGCGCUAUCAGUACAAGUUCAAGAGUGAGUAGGAGCAGGACCGACCGCCCUCCUUGCUACGUACACAUUUUCAUGGUGAUUAGCUCCUACUCGAGUGUGCAACACUUGUCAAGUUGUGAAACAAAGCCUUUGUUUUUUAAGCACACGGGGCAAGAAGAGAUUCAGCUUUCUCCAUCAUCCUUCUCACAGUUUAAGAUCUGGACAGUUUCAACUGUAGGCAAAUACUUUGAUUGUUGACAUUAAUAUGUUGUCCAUAUUAAGAUAUUUCGGCAGAUCAGAUAACAAUAUCGUACAAUCGGGAAAUCAGCGGUUGGUAUGAUCAUCCUUCUGAUCCAUUGUGAUUUGUGCACUUGUUGUUACACGACAAGCGCAACAUUUCCGCUCUACAAUAUACAUAUGUAGCUACAAGUGAGUCUCUUCAACACGCUGACCUCACAGUGUUUCGUUGCAAUGGGAAUCGUGUGGUCAUCUGGCAAUCCUCUUCAAGAAGUGAUUGAACAAUCCGUACAUUCCUUUACGACCAAGUGAGUGAGGUGGUCACUCUCGUACUUUGUUCGUGCAGCGUGGGUCGCCACAGCAUGAACUACAUGUCCUUGAAUUCCGCACCCCCAUCGACACAUCACGGUCAUCACCACUACGGGGGGUUGGGUCAGUACAGUGCAUACUACCACCACCCCUACUAUCACCUCCCACCCACGCCUGAAGCCACCACGACCAGUUCGUCCACCCCCACCUCCUCCCACAGUAAUAAGAGCAGUUCUUCUGGUGGGAGCAGUGUGGGCAGCUCCUCUCCACAACCGAAUAAUAACACUACGAUUACGAACAAUAGCCCCAGUACUGCACUUGCCAUCAGAGAGACUGGUGCUUAUCACGGCUCAGAGUCGACAUCCACAUCCACCCCCUCGAGUAAUAACGCCCCCACCAUCACCACCACCACCCGGUCGUACGAGGAGGAAGAUUCGACAAGUCCGCCGACCACGCAACAGCGACUCUUCCUCCGACCACCCCAUCACCACCACACCCUUUUAACCAAUCAAUUCGCCCCUUACGCCCAUUACCCAAUCUCACCGUAUAACAUCCACAAGGCUGCAAGGUCAGGAGCAGAUCACCCACACAGCAGUGGUGGGGGCUUCGUCCCUAACUCCCUCACACCACCGGAGAAGAUGAAUGGUGGGGAUCCCAUGCAUCAUCACAACCCACACAACAAUCACCAUCACCACCACCACCUGAGUCACAUGACCCCACCCUCCUCCCUCCCCUCCCACUUUGCCCUCCCGCACCAUGGCGCCCUGCUCCAUCACACGCCCCCGUCCCCACUCCCGACGCCAUCGCCACCCGUGCCCUUCGAGCGAUUCAGGUACUUCAGCAAUGUCAAUAGCGGAGGUUUGUACCGCGGCAAGGAGCAGAGGCUGACGAGGGAUUCAAUGAAGCGAUACUUGCGAGACCGCGGUGACAUGAUUUUGGUCGUGCAGCAUGCCAAAGUUGCGCAAAAGUCGUAUGGGAACGAGAAGCGCUUUUUCUGUCCCCCGCCCUGCAUCUAUCUUUAUGGGGAUGGGUGGCGGAGGAAGAGAGAGCAGCUACUGAAGGAGGGGGAGAGUGAACAAGGGGCCCAGUUGUGUGCCUUCAUCGGUAUUGGCAAUUCUGACCAGGACAUGCAACAACUGGACCUUAACGGCAAAUCAUAUUGUGCAGCCAAAACUCUGUACAUAUCAGAUUCGGAUAAGCGAAAGCACUUUAUGCUCUCGGUAAAAAUGUUUUACGGCAACGGACAGGACAUCGGGCUCUUUCACAGCAAGCGGAUCAAAGUGAUAUCAAAACCAUCCAAAAAGAAGCAGUCCCUCAAGAAUGCGGACUUGUGCAUCGCGAGUGGGACAAAAGUUGCCUUGUUCAACCGACUUCGGUCGCAGACUGUGAGCACCCGCUAUUUGCAUGUAGAGAAUGGCAACUUUCACGCAUCCUCUACACAAUGGGGAGCUUUCACCAUUCAUCUGUUAGAUGACAACGAGUCAGAGUCCGAGGAGUUUGCCGUGCGAGACGGCUACAUUCAUUACGGGAGCACGGUGAAAUUGGUUUGCAGCGUCAGUGGGAUGGCAUUACCUCGUCUCAUUAUCAGAAAGGUUGACAAGCAAAUGGCCUUGCUGGAUGCUGACGACCCAGUGUCUCAACUUCACAAGUGUGCAUUCUACAUGAAAGACACGGAGAGGAUGUAUCUCUGUUUGUCGCAGGAGAGGAUUAUUCAGUUUCAGGCAACCCCUUGUCCCAAGGAGCCGAAUAAGGAGAUGAUCAAUGACGGAGCGUCGUGGACAAUCAUCAGCACGGAUAAAGCAGAGUACCAAUUUUUCGAGGGAAUGGGACCUGUUCGCAGCCCAAUCACGCCGGUGCCAGUGGUUCAUAGUCUACAUCUCAACGGAGGUGGAGACGUCGCCAUGUUGGAAUUGACGGGUGAAAACUUUUCUCCCAAUUUACGCGUCUGGUUUGGCGACGUUGAGGCGGAAACAAUGUUCCGUUGUCAGGAGAGCAUGCUCUGCGUCGUCCCCGACAUUUCCGCCUUUCGUGGCGAAUGGCUGUGGGUUCGCCAACCCACCCAAGUCCCCGUCUCCCUUGUGCGAAGUGAUGGAGUCAUCUAUGCCACGGGACUCACUUUCACCUACACGCCAGAACCAGGCCCACGACCGCAUUGUCCGACCACGGAGGAGAUCAUGAUGCGCAGUCCCCUCACCGCGAUCUGCCCCCCACCGCCACACCACCCACAAGCGAGCCAAGUUCCGCAGCACCUUCAAAAUCGGCCCCACCACAUGACCCUUAUUCACGACAACCAGUCCCCACUUCACUACGACCUCUCACCCCCAACAGCCCUUUGACCAUCAAAUUAUUUCGACUGAGGUGUUUCCACUGAAGAAAAUUGGUCAAUGGGGCGGUGAUGAUGAUGAUAUGACAUGGUGCCAGGGACUUUCAGCCCAACAACUUUCUCUCAUAUCAUUCCACACUUAGAUUACAUACGAAAAAUUAGUUGAAUUUCUGAACUACAAUAUAUCAAUCUGUAUAUCAAUUAAGUUAGCAUAUAAUAAUAUACGAGCUCAUGGUCUCCUCCAAAUGAAUUACUGAAUGCUUACACGUAGGAAGGAAGUACGUUUUAUUAUUAGUAGUCUGUAAUAAAUAGCACUUAUUGACGUACGGUUAUAAAUAUGUAAGUAUAUCAGCAUCUCAAAUUUUAACCAGUUAGAUGAGUUACCAAAUAUUUCAUCCACAUAUUUACAUACAAGCUUUCUAGAUUUACGAAUUACAUUUCACUAACUACAGACAUACAUAGUUUUAGAAUGUCGUCGGUUGUACCUGCACCCUGCUUUACACUUUGAUAUUAUCAACAGGUUAUAGUAAUGAAUGUCGUACAUAUUUGAUGGCAAGUGCAAGAAGGCAGUGAAACGUUUUAGCUUUCGAGAUCGUUACCAUAAACAGACCAAAAAGGGAUGCGAUGAAUGCGCCCACCCACAUUUACUUAACCAUGUAAUUCACCAUACGGAGUUUUUAGUUUAAAUAAUUUACGUCCACUGGUCAUUUGCUAAAAAACCAAACCAAACUUCAAAACGUGUCGCCGAUCUGACCACCACUAUAAAGUUUAACUAGGAGGAAACUACAUAUUUUUAUAAUAUUCACUACGACCUCAGUUACGGCGUGUGUUUGACUGCCAUGUUGUACAAAAAAAUGAAUGAUUUACUAAUUAUUAUGAUAAUGUUAUAUGUAAUUACGAAAGGAAUU